AUGUCGAGCACCGCGAACCAUACCCACCCCGAGUCAGCCUACACGAAUGGACACCAUCAUCAUCACCACGACACGAGUGCGAUGUCGAGUGCGGGGAAGAAGGUGCCUGGGAAGAAGAAGCCGGAUCCCAACGAGGCCUCGAAUUUGAUCGCCGCGAAGAUUUCGCAACUAGAGUCGGACGCGGCAGGAGACAAAGAGCAGGAGGCAGAAAUCGAGCGCGAAUUAAAAAAAUACAAUCGAGAACUCAACAACUUAACUUCGAAGACUGAUGAUUUGGCAAAGAUUGAUGUGCUUCAUCGACGGGUCAGCGAGCUUUUCACGUCUAUGAAGCGACUGGACCGAGACAACCAGAAGAACAAGAAGCGGGGCGAUCAAUUGCAGAAAGAAAGGGAUCAUGCGCGGGCGGACUUGAGCAAAACUACUACCUUGAAGGAGAAAUUAGAGAAAUUAUGUCGGGAACUUCAACGGGAAAAUAAUCGCCUUAAGGCCGAGAACAAGACUAUGCAAGAUGCAGAAAAGGAUAAUCAUGCGGCUUGGGACGACAAGUUUAAGCAGGUUCUAUGGCAACUUUCAGAAUACCAGGAAGCAAAGGAUUAUCCGCAAGCCCAAGUUGUCAAUAUCGAAGUCGAAGAUUUAUUCAAGCAACGGUUCAAGUCCUUGAUUGACCAAUACGAGCUCCGCGAACUGCACUUUCACUCCCUCUUGCGAUCAAAAGAACUAGAGGUUCAGUAUAACAUGGCAAGAUUUGACCGCGAGAGAAAGCUAGCCGAAGCCGAAGUCUCCAGAUCACGCACCCUCAACUCACAAGUUCUGACGUUUUCAAAGACGGAGACUGAGCUGCGCAAUCAACUCAACAUCUACGUUGAGAAGUUCAAGCAAGUGGAGGACACGCUCAAUAACAGCAAUGAUUUAUUCCUGACAUUCCGCAAAGAAAUGGAGGAGAUGUCCAAAAAGACGAAGCGUCUUGAAAAAGAUAAUAUGACCCUGACGCGGAAGCAUGAUCUUACGAACCAGAACAUCCUCAAGAUGGCGGAAGAGCGUACCAAGACGAACCUAGAAAUGGACUCGCUACGCAAGAAGAACGACAAGCUGACCAGUAUCAUCAACCAGAUGCAGAAGCAAGGACGCGGUAUGGCAGGCGGUAUGGCGGCCAUGACAGAAAGCAACAUGGAGGGCGAGUACGCGGAAGGCGAUCUGGAGAAUACGGAGAGCGAGUACGACUACGACGACGAGGACGGUGAGGAUGGAGAAGACGGCGAAGAGGAUGAGGGUGACGAGGGGAGUGAGGGGGAGUACAACGAAGACACCGAGGAGGAGAUUGUUCAUCUUGUCGCACCAAAGACUUUCGGGCCGCUUCCCCCGCCAAGCCUCACUGCUGCUGCUACCAAUGGUGUCGCCACACCUACCCACAAUGGCAUCAAGCACUGA